AUGCUUACCGCUAUUGCCAUCGCUGUUCUCCCCUUCCUCUCUGCCCGCCAGUACGGUGUCUCCACCUACCAGCUCGCCCUUGUCAACGACGCCGAGAUUGACGAGAACUGUGACAACCUCGAGCCCGACCAGUCUGUCUGCCUCGGUAUUGAGGGCCAGGACUGCACCAAGGUGUACACUGUCGUCGCCAACGACACCUGUGCGUGGGUCCAGGAGAUGUACGGUAUCUCCAACGAGACCCUCUACUCCAACAACCCCCAGAUCGACGCUGCUUGUGAGAACAUUUACAUCGGCGAGGUCCUCUGUGUCGACACCGACGCCUUUGCGUACCCCGACUACAACUCUACCCUCUACGACUCUCUUGCGUACACUUACCUCCCUUACUGCGAUGAGCAGUAA